AUGGAAAAAACGCCUCCAUCGCCAUCGCCGUCAUCCUCGAGUACGAAACGUUCAUUUCAACGUAAAAAACUCCAGUAUCAAGAGCGUAUUACCGAACAGUCACCAUCGUCAUCAUUUCCAACGAUAACAACACUAAUGCCGACGUAUUUAACAACCGAUAGUAUUCGAAAAGUCUCCCCAACUAACAUUUUAUCCAACUUGUCAACUAAACAGGAAAUGGAAUUGAAAACCGUGGGUAAAUUGGGUAUGGUCAAACGCAAACAAUUUCUUCAAAAACGAGAUAUUAGUCGAUCACAUGAGCGCGGAAUUCCUCUGUGGAGAAUCGAAGAGAAAAUGUAA